AUGUCAAAGAUCUUAAUUUUACCCGUCUGGCCCAUCACCUGGUCUGUAAUAAUCAACACCUGGUUCCCGUCAGGACUGAACUCCACUCUCUUCACAGGCGACUCCAAAGUCCAUGUGUGCACACACUCGCCGGUCUCCACCCUCCACAGCUUGGCAGUGAAAUCAGCGCUUCCCGUCACCGCAAAAACGGUCUCUGGAUCAAUAUCAAUCGACCAAAUGGUACCAUUGUGGCCAAUAAAGGUUCCCAGCCGUUCUCCGUUGGACGAGUACCAGAUCGAGGCCUCUUUACCUUUAGAAACAGAGAAAAGCAAGUCGCCCUCUCUGUUGAACUUCACUUGGGUCAACGCACGGUCGUGA